AUCUCACGCCGAAGUUGCUGAAUGCUUUGAAGUCUUAUGUGUCCCGUACAUCUGUUAUUUAUUCUCUUUCUCAAGGGCACGGACUCGUCGGAAAUACAAUUCCCUCCCUCAUCAAUCUUGAAAAGUUUCCCAGCUCUAGACAAUCGAUAGUCCUUCCGACCACAUCUCUGAAGCUCAGCGAGAAGUACUCGGAUCGCACCUGCCGAAAUCCCUUACACUUCUUCCCUCAUCGGUGACACUACGACUGCCGCGCGGGAGAAUACGAGGAACGGGUAUAGCUGCUGCUGUACUCUUUGUCCAAUUACUUCUUGGAACGACGAGAAGGAUGAACCACCCAUAUAGCGGAGCUGCCGGCUACAUUUAUGCAAAUGAGGUUUGUCGUGCAUUUCGGUAUGGAGACAAACAGUCAAGUAACCCUUCUCAAGCACCAGCGCGACGACGAGUCUGAAACCGGCGCCUAUGCUCACAUGAAGAGCUUCAUAACCGUCUGUUUGCUGUUUUCGAGGUGCUGCGUUUUCCCGCUGACACUAUCCAUCAAGAUCGUUCCAGAUGACAGUUAUCCAUCGAGCCCGAUGGUUUAUUCCCCUUCUACGACACAGACCGACUUCCCUCCCUCACUCACAACGACAAUGAUAAGCUCACCACUUUCAGGAAAGAAAGAUCCAUUAACUUCUUCAAACAAUCGGGCGAUGAGAUGGGAGAGGGUGCAGGAGUUUGUUUCGACGCCGAGUCAUCCCCGAAGUGACGGGAACAGGUUCCAGCUUCAUCCUACAUGGGGUUCUAUUGGACAUGGUAUCUACCAGUCGCGGCCAAGCAGAGAGGUCGAUCCGCAAUCCAGCUUUGUUGAUUUUCAUGAGCAGCAACGCGUACUUCGGUUUGAACGGAGGCCCGAGAGUAGAGGUUGGCGCCGAAAUUUGAAACAACAGAUUUUCAACGCAUUCCAAAUCUUACGCAGGUUGUGGCGGUCCAAUUGAGAUCAGUUCGAGACAGGUUCAAGAUAAAUUAUUCUGUGUAAUUUAAGAGAGUUUAAGAUAUGUACCGAGUGUAAGAGUAAACCUCUGAGCUGGCUACUCCUGCUAUUUGUAUCACUGCUGUUUACUAAACAGACUAUCAACGAGAAUAUGUACCAUAAAGUUCCCAAGUGCGAUCUACGGUGUUCGCAAA